ACCGAUCACAAACACUCUUCAGCACUCGACUCGGAAUGACAACAACACAGCAGCGAACGAGGAAGUGUCGCUGAAUAAUACUCUGAAAUCAAAUCUAGAUCAUUUCUCCUCAACUGAACUCAUAUUUUCAUCCUUUGAAUUUUAGUUGUGAUGGAGACCCCUGAGCCCGGCCAGGCCGAUGGAGAGGAGCGGAUGAUGGAGCUGAGACCCAGGACCCGCUCCAAUCCGGAGGGAGCAGAGGACCGGCGCAGCAGCACCCCGCCGCAGACGCAGCCGCAGCCGCAGCCGGCCGUGGGCAGCCGUGUGGAGGGAGAGGGAGAGGCAUCCAGCUCCGACAGCCCUCCGGCUCCUGCAGCUGUGACAGCCACGCCCAGCAUCCCUGCCAUGAAGGAGAGACCCAAAGCCCCUCAGCCGUCCGUGAGCCCCCAGAUCCCCCCAUCAGCUGAGUUACACCUGCGCGCACCACGAGUCAACUGUCCCGAGAAAGUGAUCAUCUGUUUGGACCUUUCAGAGGAGAUGUCGCUACAAAAACUAGAGUCGUUUAAUGGGUCCAAGACGAACGCCUUAAAUAUUUCGCAGAAAAUGAUUGAGAUGUUUGUGAGGACCAAGCACAAGAUCGACAAAAGACAUGAGUUUGCUCUGGUGGUGGUGAACGAUGAUGCCAUGUGGUUAUCAGGAUUCACGUCUGAUCCGCGAGAGCUGUGCAGCUGUCUGUACGACCUGGAGACCAACGUCUGCGAGUCCUUCAAUCUGGAAGAUCUCCUCAAUCUCAUUUUGCAGAAAAUCGAACUUCCUCAGGUGGAGAACAUUCAGACCAUCCCGCCUCCUUUUGUGAUCCGGACCCUCCUCCUCUUCAGCCGGCAUGCUGGCAUGCUUCAGUUCAACCCCUCUGAUGCUGCCAAAAAAAUGCUACAGUCUCCUUAUUUCUUCUUUGAUGUUGUGUAUCUUCACAAUGGAGCUGAAGAACAGACAGAAGACACUAGCUGGAAGGACGUGUACGCCUCCUUCAGCGAGCUGGACUCGAAGGGAAUGUGUUACCGCUUCGAGGUGUCCCUGUGCGGUCCUGCUAUUGAGCUGCACAACUGCAUGGCCAAGCUGCUGUGCCACCCGCUGCAGAGACCCUUCCAGAGCCACGCGUCCUACAGUCUGCUGGAGGACGAAGACACGCAGGAGAACGAGGCCACCGUGUGACACUCACCUCUCCUGGAUCCAUAACCACAGACUGAAAACUGACCUGUGAACAACUGCAUACAUAUACGGCCUUGUCCACUGUUUCUGUUCCGGAAAUGCCUCUUUUAUUACUUUAGAAAACUUCUGUUAUCUUAAUUUAGCACUGCAGCUAUAACCAGACCUAGCUUAAGACCCUGCUGUGGAAACGUUGAUUAGAGCAAACCAAUUAGUUUUGAGGAUGUCAGCCAUAAAUGUUCUGGUUUCUGAAGACGUGGUGUGAAGGGAGAGAUUCACAGAUGAGCUCAUGUGAAUGAUCCAUUGGCUGGAUCUUUAAUGUGCUAAUGGUUUAGUGAGAGCUCAUGUGGACAGCAUCUAAUAAAUAAUGUUUGCUCACUCAUGUCAAAUAAAUGAAAUAUGAAUACUC